AUGGAUGAGGAAGAGGUGCUGCGCGUAGCGGCCACCUACGAGUGCGACCUGCCGUCACCAAGCUGUCUCCGCAGCGAACUGCUCAGUUGGAAGACGCGCUGGGGCAAGAAGCUGAUGCAGGAUCGCCCGGCAGACGCUCUGGUGGCGCUUGGCAGCUGCAGCCUGCCAAAUAUCAGAGCUCUGCUGCAGCUGCUGUGCACGCUGCCAGUAACGGCCUGCGAGGCGGAACGAACGUUUUCUGCCCUGGCAAAAGUCAAGGACAGCUCGCGCUCCGCCAUGGAGGAAGAACGGCUAGAGGGACUGGUACUCGUGUACGUUCACCCAACUCUGCACGUACCGUCUCUGGCUCUGCAGCAGAACAGCUUGUUCUUGCAGUUGACGUUACUGCCGUAG